AUGUCCCGCUAUCUCCUGCUGCUGUGCUGCAGCUUUGGGACUUUGUGCCUAAGCCAUUCCGCGCAUGGAGAAGUGAAGGAGUUUGUGGAGCAUGCUGGGACCGGCCCCUUUGGCAUACCCGGCGAAGAAGCCGACAUGGCUGUGUUUGACGAGGAAGAGGAAUGGACACGCGUCGACAUCAGUUGCAGCUUUAUGAUUCUCGGGGUCUUCUUUUUUAACAUUGUCAUUUUCUACAUGGUCAACUACCCUGAUGACGACAUCAAGCGCUACUCGUGGUCCAUCAUUAACACAACUGUGUCCAUCUUCAGUGCUGUCAUGAUUUUCACCGCGGCGGACGAGGUGGUGCUCCAUUUCGUCUUCAAUCCACUGCUUGGAGAAUUCCCGGCGGGGUGGCACCUGGUCGUGCGUGUCGUCCUGAGCUACAUCAUCUUCCUGCUGUGGUUCACCUGUGCUCAAAUCAUGAUCGCCUACUUCUCAAACGCUCUGAAGAGGCGUGGUCUUCAGGGGGAAGUCGAGGAAGGUGAGUCGCCGGGGCGGGCCUGGGUGGUGAACGAUGGACUCCGAGGUGAUCACGGCCAGCCCAUUGACCCCACACUGGUGACUCACGAUGGGCGUGAGAGAAGCAUCGCCAUAGUCGGUGGCGUGGAGGUUUUCGUCAUGACAAAGGAUUUGGCAAAGCAGGGCUUCGAACAGCGAACCAAGUGCUGGUCCAUGCUCUAUGCGCACAUGGCAGGAUUUGCAAUGAUCAGCGCAGGUGGGGACUUGCAGCAUGCUUGGCCUUUUGCUUCCUCUGCGCUGAUGAGCUUCUUGUCUGUGGCUCUGAAUGUUGUCUUUCUGCUGCUUCUCUUCCGCUUCUCCAAGAUGUUACGUCCAGAUGCCGAGGAGUCGGAUGACGAGGAAGGAGCGGAAGCGGUCAAGCUUUGCGAGGAGCAUGCGAUCGAAGCCGAGGAUGAGCUCUUCAACCUAUCUAUCUCCUUCCUCUUGGUGCAGGCAGUCCGCUAUGCCGUUACCGGCGUGCUGUCCACCAAGAGCGGCGCGGAGCCUGGCGAGGACUUUGGGCUUUGGGAGAUUGCGUCCGUCUACAGUCUCGCCAUGAUCAUGGUGGUCGUCACAAUUGCGGUGGCCCUCUCUGGCCACACCCGGCGUUUGGCGGAUCUGGUCCGAGGUACCUGCUCAAUGGCGUUUGCUUGGUGCCUUCUUUUCGCUUCGAGGUGGAUGUUUGAGUCCUGGGACAUGCUGGUCAAGCACGGCGUGUCCCCGGCGACUAUUGAAGGACGCCUUCUUCUCGCUCUCUUCCUCUCGGCCUUGGCGGCCUUCGCCAUCAUCCUGCUGGACAAGAUCGAGGACACCUCCACAAACCAGCGACUGGCCCACAAAGUAGUGAAAAACUUCGUGACGGGCUUAUCGAUUUUGAUCGGCUUUACAUGGGAGCAUGUGGUGGACGGAUGCACGGAAGCCGUGGCCUCGAUCUACCAUGAGCAUGAAGUUCAGAGACUGGUCUCCAAAGUCGUGGGUGCUGCUAUCAUUGCACUUGUGGUUCUGCCAGCCUGGCGAAGGCAUGUGUUGCAGACCGUGAUGAUGCUCAUGAAGCACAAGAAGGAGAAGCGCGUUGCGGAGCGACUUGCACAAAUGGUGGGUGGCAACGCCGACAAGAUCGAGCCGUCCUCCUCAGAGGAAUCUGCCGAUGCAUCGUUGGCCUGGUAA